AUGGUCAACGACGAGGGGACGGCUCUCCUCUAUGCUAAAGAGGCAUCCGAGUCGACGAGAAGAACGCAAAUCUAUAGUAUGGAGCCGUACGCGUCUCCAGGCGAGAUACCGUUCCAGGAGCAGGCGUCUCCAUGGCCAAACACCGGUUCUCUUAUCCACCUGAGCCCAAGUGUUGAGCCUGUGAAGAAGAAUGAGUAUGCCCUUCAGCCUGGCAUGCCGCUCUGCACGAUACUGUUUGUCAUGGGCUGUCUACUCCCUCCAGUGCUCUGGCUAGUCGGCCCUAUAUUAAGUGCUAGCCCUACUGUGCACCCGGAUGUGCGCACCAGGUUCUUCUACGCGACAGUGGCUUCCCUGGCAUUCACAAGCAUGCUUGCACUGGCAGCCCUAGUGACAAGUUUCAUUCUCUACAACCAGACGGUCUCAUCUGAGUAA